AUGUCGAAACAAUACCUCACAGCUCAUGUUCAGGAAGAAGCUCAUCCUUCCGACAUUUUUUCACUUGCCGUGACCUCUAGAUAUGUCAUAUCUGCAUCCGGUGACUCGAAUAUCAAACUAUGGGAUACUGCCUCACCCGAACAUCCACUCCUCCACACUUUUGUCAAAGCUCAUCCCUUAGGAACCCAUCACGUUGGGGUAAGCAGAGAUGGAAGAAUAGCAGCUAGCUCCGGAUUUGAUGGAGAGACUUUACUGUGGGACCUUGAACAGCUUAAAAAGAUCGGGAAUAUUGGAGGAAAGAACCCUGGAGAGGUCUGGGCCCUUUCUUUAUCAACUACUGGGAGUCUCCUUGCUUCAACAACCUACGAUGGAAGGGUAAUACUUUGGAAUGCACUGGAGCAAGGAACGAAGCUUCGGCAGUAUGAGACGAAAGGAAGCUUUGGCAUGUGUGUCGAAAUUUCUCCCGAUGGAAAACUCGUAGCAUCUGGUCACGAAAAUGGGGGUGUAUACAUCUUCAAUAAUGAGACAGGACGCAUUUUUCACUCCCUUCCCGGUCUCCUCAAACCAGUGAGAUGCGUCGCGUUUUCUCCUGCGGGAAAAUUACUUGCUGCGUGUGGUGAUUCCAAUUUUAUUGCACUAUAUGACGUGGCAUCUGGCGAACAAGUGGCCAAUCUUGCUGGGCACUCUAGCUGGGUGUUUUCUAUUGCGUGGAGUUCAAGCGGGGAGUAUAUUCUUAGUGGGUCGUUUGAUGGGAAAGCAAAGACAAAGCUUUGCACGAUAUGUUUCUACCGAGAGGCUACAGGAGGUUAG